AUGGACCAAAAGCCACCAAAAAAUGAUAAAGAGGCUUGCACAGAAUUGUCAGCUGUGAAAAGAAAUUUGGUGAGCAGUUUUAGGGCUACUGGUAUCUCUCCUUUUGAUAGGAACAGGGUGUUAAAUAAAUUGCCACCUGAGUCACCUUCUCCUGAAAUCGAAACUGGCGUUCGAGAUUCCUUAACAGAGUUUUUAAGAGAACAAAGAUUUAGGAAUGAAUCACAGCCACCAAGGAAGAGGACCAGACUACAAAUUGAACCUGGUAAAAGUAUAUCGACACUUAAUGAAACAUCUUGCCCCACAAAUCAAGAAGUUGAUGUAGUUGAGGUCCAACACACCUCAGAGCGAAAUGAUAAUCCCGUACAAACUGAAUCAAUAUCGAUGCAAAUUCCUCUUUCUGUUAUCAGCGAGCCAUCCACAAGCUAUAGAACUGGUUACGAGGACACCAAUGAUAAUCUUACCGAUUGUGAGUCUGAUAAUGAAAAUAUAGCACCGAAUUAUACUAGAAAUACCUCAACAGAUUUGGCACAAAAUCCCGCAAUAGGGCAGUUUAUUUUAGCAAAGUUUGGAUCACAAAAGGGAAAAAAGACAUAUCAUUAUGUAUGUUCUAUUGAAGAUAUCAUUGACACUAAACUUGUUGUUCAAGGUUAUAUAAGGUAUAGUCCCCAAAAAAAAAACCAAAACUAUUUUUAG